CAGCCACCGGAGCUCCGUGGAAACGGUCACAUCAGCGGUGUGUCAGCGCUGUCAGCCGCCGACACACAGCGCUGUUAGCCGCCGACACACACAACAUGUAGUUGUAGCUGGGGCGUCAUGAGCUGCAGCGCCCGUACACGAGCAGCAAGCAGCCGUGCUAACCAGCGGUGGCUAACUUGCUAACGCUUAGCAUUUUUUUCAGCGAUUGCGACCACAUGCUCGCUCCGUCCCCCGGUGUGUGCACCCUUUAGUCUGCCGCGGUUUGGGAGCAGACAUGCCCGACGGUUAGAGUCUCCAUCAGCCCCUCAGCAUGAGACCCGCUCAGCAGUGAGCUAGCUAGCAGCCUGCUGUUAGCGGCUAACUUAGCCGGCGAUGCUAGCAGCAGAGUGCGUCCACGCCGCCCGCAGCUGAAGUCACGUCCGGCCCAUGGAGCUGAAGCGUCGGCCGUCUUGCCAAAGAUGACGGGCCGCCUGAGCCUGGUUUUUGUGCCUCUGUCUGCAGGAGGCGGAACAUGGAAGCCGAGGAAGAGUGGGACCAAGAUCUGAGUGCGCACAAGCUGCUGGAUAAGAAAGUGCUCCGCAAGCAGAAUGGAGGGAUCGGUAUAGCCAGGACUCUUCACGGUCUGUUUAAAACCCCAAACUCGCUGCAGAUUCAGUCCCUAGCCCGCUCAGAAUGUGCUGGCUCCUGUCCAAAUCUAAUGAUGAGUAGGACCGAGCACGCCGAUAUGAGGCCCGUCCCCGUGGCCCUCACCCCCCAGCUCCCCCCCAGAGCUCACCGGCCCCUCUGCGUGUCGGUCUCCUCCGACAGCAGUGGCCGCUUCAAAGCUCUGGAGACGCAGGAGUGGAAGAACAACCUCAAAGCUCAGAUGGAGCAGGCCCACAGUGCAGGAGCUGCCAGCAGCACAGGCUCUCUGGAGCGAGCCUCCCUGUUCUGCGCCUCAGCCUCCACCACAGCGUCCAGCUCCAGCCUGUCCAGUCCAGUGGAGAUCCUCAACAAGAGCAAAUCCUCCAGCCGCUUCUCUCUCUUCUCUCCGCCCUGGAACAGCAGCUCUGAGUCUGACUCCAACCCGCCGUCCCGGUCUGGUUCCAAGAAAUUGCGCAACUACAGCAGGAGAGCUGCCACGGGGCCGGCAGGAGCCAGGGGCCCCGAUACACCUGAGCCUAAACCCAGCGGCCCCGAACACUUCCAGUACUCUGAACCUGUCAUCUCCAAAGUGACGGACUACAUCUAUGUUGGCAACCUCAAUGCGGCAUACAAUGGACGCACCCUGUGCCGCAACAACAUUGACAGUAUCAUCGAUAUGAGCAGCGUGCCGGGGGAGCCGGGGCCCAGCCUCAGCCUCAUACCCUGCACCUGCACUCGCGGUGCCCGGCACAGCUGGUCCCGCCUCAAGGUCGACAUUGGAGACGUGCCGGAAGCUCUGGGCGACGGCCCAGCCCUGAAACAGUGCUGCUUCGAGGACAUCAACGAAUGCAUUGACGCCUCCACAGAGAAGAGGAAGCGUGUCCUGGUCCACUGUCGGGACGGGUUCUCCUUGGCACCGACGUGUAUCAUCCAGUACCUGAUGGUGAGGCAGAACAUGAGGCUGAUUGCCGCCUACGAGCUGCUGAGGGCCAAGUACCCGGUCAACAUCAGGGAGUGUCACCAGAAUGUGCUGGUGAGCCUGGAGAGGGCGCUGCGGCCCGGGGGCAACGUCAACCCUGAGUGCUUUAAACAGGCCAUCUCACGCAAAGUGGCGUGGACCUGACUCACUUUCCCAACAUGCUCAGCUGCUGCUUAUGGUAUAAAAUAUUUUCCUAAAAACAAUCAAGGGCAGUUGUACUUUUCCCUGUCAACUGGUCAACUGGAUGUUUUUGUCCUCACCCGAGUGCAGUGGCUGUAAAAUGUAUGAAUUUGAUGUAUUUUCUCCUCAAACCUAUAAAUGUGACCCGUCCGUUGUUCCUCCCCUCACACAGAACAGGAGACGCAAUAGACUUCACUGUAAUGUAUACAGCUUCGUGGUAUCACAAUGUAAUAGUGUUGGCUGUAUAGUUGAUAUAGUCCUGCUCCAGUUCUGUGCCAUGCCAUCAUGGUGGUGUUUUUCUAUCAGGGGAAAUUAUUAAUGGGAGAUCUCAGGAGAUUAUUGAUGUCAUUCCAGUAAAGGGUGGGAAAUUACUCAUCAGAUGAGUCUGUGGCCACGUUCACACCUGGAAAUAAAAUGCGUCUUGGUGAGCUAUAUGUGGCAUUUAUGGUCUGGUAAUAUGUCACCACUAUUGGAAAGACCAAUAUCAGUCUAUUAGAUGCAGCCUAACGGAUACAUCAUUUUGAGUUGGUGGGUUUUAAUGCACAGAGACACUGCUACAGGUGUGGAAUGCCCUUCAGGUGUCUGAAAAUCACAACAUUAUGAUUAUUAUAUAAAUCUACACUUUCACAAUAUGCAACUAAUACCCCCGCUCCACAUGCGAAUAGAGCAUGAGAUUAAGAAAAAACUGGGACCUGUUCAUAUGAACAUUAGUCUAAAGCACCACUGGUGGUCAAUCAUUAACUAUUAGAACCAAUAAGUUAUCUGUAAACCUCUGGACUUACUUCUUGGCUCGAUACCUGCUGAGCCUGAACUGUGUGUUAAAAGCAGUUAAACUCUACACACUGAUUUAAACCAAAUUCCAAUGUGAAACUGAAACACAAGUGGCCACUCAAGAUGCAUUUUUAGAAAUUACAGGUGUGAGCUUAGAUCAGUUUUAUAUAGGUUUUUACACAAAGAUCUGAGCCAGAAAUAAGUACCUGGCAAUCAUUUGUUUGGAGGCUUGUUUUUCUUCCUAAAAUAAUGUGUUUAGCUGGUGAAAUAGUUGUUUGAAGUCACUGUCGGUGGGUUAAAAAUAGUUUGUUUCUGACCCUGUUGAAACAAAGCUGCCACUCAGAAGAACAGAGGACAUACGUGUGAUUUGUCACCAUCGGAUCCAUCACCACUGACUGGAUUACAUUGAUUUAUCUGCUUCUAUCACAAGAGGGAACUUUGCACAUGGACACGUGAUUUAAAUGUAAAGCUUCUGUUGUUUGUGACCUUUUCAUGCAGUUUGUUUUUUGUUUUUCCGAGGUCAUACUUGAUGGAAGAUGAACGGUUCGACCUCUCCUCCGUGAGGAAGACUGUAGCCCCAUUUUUAGCCACAGUUUGUUUGAUUUAUCUCUCUGGUGGUGCUCAAACUGUGGCUUUGUUGAUUUGAACUUCGGUGUAUGCAGUGAGGCUGGGUGUCGUGCAUCUCGGUGGAUUUUCAGUAUUAGUGUUUCAGUGCCGCUGAACUGCGAUUCAGGGUUUACACUGCAAGAGAAGAUUUUUGCACUACUCACAGGGUUGUUUAAUGCAAGUAUUGAUUUUUUUAUUUAAAUAUUGUUUAAAUAUUUUUUGAGUUUGACAGUUGGCAUGUUUACACACCUAUUAGAAUAACCAGAUUAAAGGGAUGGUUCGCCGAAGAAUUGAAAUUCAAUCAUUAUCUACUCACCACUAUGCUGAUGGAGGAGUGGAUGGAGUCUCAUAAGUAACCUUUGUUGCAGCAGAACCCAAAACAAAUGAGGUGAAAUGUGACCUCUUCUUUAGACGUUAUAAAUCAACAGGAAAACCCCAACACAACUAAAACAAUUAUGUUAUGAUAAAGAGCAGGUUAUGAUAAUCAGUUUAAUGUCUGAUCAUAAUGAUUUGAUCACAGUCUACCAAGGCUCCAAGUAAUAUUCAAAUUAUAUAAUUUGAUCUGUUAUCUUUCAAUUGAUAUAUCAUUAAAGUCUGUCAAAUAUCAGAUGAAGGUAAAAGCUCAUGUUCUUUACAGUUUUAGUUGAUGUCUUCACAAGGUCCUGUUUUGCCAAACCCCCAAAUAUUCAACUUGCAGUGACACAAAACAGAAAAGCAGCAUAUCCUCACAUCGGAAAAUGAUUUUUUGUUUCUGCUUUUGAGAAAUUACUUAAAACAUCACAAAAUCAUCAAAACUAGCUGAUUAAUCCUCUGUAUAUGAGCUACUUAAUUAAUCAUCUAGUUUCAGCACUGGAUAUAUGACUCCAGACACAGCUGAGUCAGUACUCAGAAAAGUCAGGUUUGAUAUCUGCCCUCUUUUGGCCCCGUCAGACCUGGUUUUAACAUCCGCCCUGAGAGAUAUGAUCACAAUUGGCCAGCUCUCGGUAUAUCUGUCCACACCUGGCAGUAAAAUGUCUCUCCAACGACCAGUGAUCAGGUCACACUUCCCAGCUCUAUAUGCAAUUUAACACAUAAUUUCUGUUCAUAAGGACCAAAUAGAAAGUAAGAAGUUUGAGCUUACAUAUGGGUCUAUGACUGUGUGUGUGUGUGUCUUGGUUUAAGAUGGAUAGAUCAGAGUGAAUCAGUGCGCACAGCUGUUGAAUUAAAUAAGAUUUAUCCAUUUGAGAGAACUUGUGGAGGCCAAUAUUAAUAUUGUGGCGGUUUAUAGUAAGCACUGACUAGAGUAUAAUAUGGGUCAGAGGACAUCAGCUGAAUGGGUGAUCCUUCAAUGUGGCUCAGGACGCAUUCGCGUGCUUGAGAAAUCAGGUCUCAAAUAUACAGUGGCUGAGAGCUCAAUGCACAACAAAUUAAGAAAACACAUGCAAAUCUAAAAAAUUAGCAUAUUGCGGAAAACAACAUCAAUUUGCGAAAACGACAACGUUUCAAGGGGACCCAAAAAAGUGAUGAACCUGGCUGUACUUCAAUGCUUUGUGAAGUCCGAACACAUCUGACGAGAAGCAGACUUCAAUAAUGUCACAAAGCUUUGAACCCGUCGUUAAAUUUACGUUUUCUUGUGUUUUGACUUAUUUGCAGCCGAGUGUUGUUUUCUUGAUUUGUACUACGCCCACGUACAAAUGCGUCACCACUGCAUCACUUCUCGGAUCACUCAGGAUGGAUGUUAGAACCUGGUCUGUUAACUGAUACUCUGAUGUUCUUCCACAUCAGCCAAACUGCUGUUUUUGUAUAAAAGAGACCAUCACGUCAAUUGAUGCCUUCCUUUUAUCAGUAUGUAUCCACAUCCCCAAUGAUAACAGAUUGUCUCCUAUGUCAACUAGAUGAUUCUGGUAUUAUUAUCAGCACAAGUAAAUCACCUUUCACAGUCCAAGAUUUUUCCACUUGUAGAGUGAUGUUUUAAGCCUGCUUGUCAGGUAAGCGCCAUUAGGGUUUGUGCUCUAACAAUAUCUGCACGGUUUCGUGUCCCAUCUGCUUUUCACCAGUGCAUGCUAGUGCAUUUUGGGUCAUUAACUUCAGCGGAAAGAACUUGUCUUUUUUCUGUUCAGUUUUUCAUAUGAUCUCUUGCCAUUCUGUCAUUUGAAGUGACAAUUAAGAGAGGGAAGCUUUGUUUUUCUGCUGUGGAUGCUAAUAUGACCCUACUAUGCAGACACAUGUAUUUGCAUAGUUGUAUUCAUUGCUACCAGUUGCAAAAAGUAAUUUAAAGAAAGAAAGGUUCAUGCACAUGUUUAUUUUGCAGUUUACAAAUGGUGGGUAAACUGCAAAAUGGUUCAAUCUAAUGGCUCAAUCUAAUAGCUCAAAUUUUUCUGAAAUACGCUGAGUACAGCAAUUCAACCAAGCAGCUGAAAGUUAGUCAGGUUCAGUUCAGUGGUUACAAAACAUGUCACUCUGAAAUUUGAAGCUCCAUCAUCAAAGUUUAAGGUAUUGUUAGCAAAAGCAUAAACUUGUUUAGGGUUUAAAAGGUUAGGCUUACACAUAGUUCAUCCAGCUCUAAAUUCGUCAGCUGCUCCGAUUGAAGUGAUGGAUCAUAUUAGCGAUCGGUUCAGUUUUGUGGUCCGUUAUCAUCCCGUUCGAUCAGUGAAGAAGCUUCUUGUAUGCAACCUGUCUUGGUCUGAAUUCUGACUCUGAUCAUCAAAGCUGAAGGUAUAAAGCAGAAAGAUAUUAACCCACAGUUUUUCUCGUAGCUCGAUAGAAACUGUCGCACUCUCUUCAUGCAAAACAUGCUCUGAAAUGUGAAGCCAGAUGACACAGGGACAUAAGCCCACUGCUGGAUAUUUGUCAUCAGUUUUCAUUUUAUUUUAUCAGCCAGUAAAGAUAAAUCAAGCUAAAGUGUACAACAUAUUUGUAAUUGGGGAACAAACACUCCUAGCAAACCUUUCUGAAAAUGAAAGUUAUGCAAAUAGUAAAAUGAAGGCUAAAAUGUUGCCAUUGGCUUUUCCUUUUUUGUAUUUCAUUUAUUUUCCAUGUACUGACUUGGGCAGCCUCUGUGAGAAUAAGUUGUACAGGACGGUUGUAUGCAGCACAGUCCAGUCUUGAUGUGAGCCGUGUGGUAGGAGUGGAAACUAAAAGUAUGGUGCCUUGAUUUGAAGUUGUCUCGUGACCGUACGGUGACAUUUGCACACUUUGUAUGACUUUAUCUUCUCUUAAUAUGUUGUACAAUGUUGAAUAUUUUUUGAUGUUUAUUUUGGCCAAAAAAGAAAAGUAUAAACAUGAUAUUUGUGUAAAAAGGUCCUUGCUGUAAUAUAUUUGCUAUCCAUUCGUGUACAGUACUGGUGUUUUACUAAUGCAGGACGUGAGACAGGAGACGGUAUACUUCUCGAUGUUAUUAAUGCCCACUGUAGUAGACUGAGUGUCGGCAUAUUUCAAGUCACAGUCAUCAAAUCAAACUGAAUAGGUUUUCUAACUCAUUCUCUCAGGUGAUUUCUCAGUGGCCCAGAAUGUUCUCAAUGAGUAUGAUGUUCAGAAAUGUGAAACGAUGUAUUUCUCAUGUCAUGUUUCUUAAGUCACAUAUAAUUUGUACUGUUGAAAUAUUAAAGAAAGAUAUGUACUCA